GUCCCCUGCUGUUAGCUAAGCCUGUCUUUCAUGCCUAGCUCCUUAUGUAGAUAGCUUCCAAGAGAGUAUCCAAUAGAGCCUCUCCAACAAAUCAGAAUACAGUCCAAAACCCUGUGAUCAUCCCUUGUAAUCUAAAGCAAUACCAUUUGGGUUUAAAUAGCAGGCCUGAUCAUGCUGGCCUGUUGGCUCAAGCUGACAAGCACCUUUAAGUUGCUCCUCUCUAAGAAAGCUCCUCUCAAGAUGGGCAACAGUAAAAGCGUUGCGCUCUCCAAAGACCUGCUAGAAGAGCUGAAGUCCAAUACUAGGUACACAGAAGAGCAGCUUUAUGCCUGGUACCAGACCUUUAUGAAAGAGUGCCCCAGUGGCCAGAUCAGCACAGAGCAAUUUGAGAGCAUCUACGCCAGCUUCUUUCCCGACGCUGACCCAAAAGCCUACGCCCAGCACGUGUUCCGAAGCUUCGACUCAAACAGUGAUGGCACUCUCGAUUUUAAAGAGUACAUUGUGGCUUUGCAUCUCACUUCCUCUGGGAAGACCACCCAGAAGCUGGAGUGGGCCUUUGCAUUGUAUGACCUGGACAAGAAUGGGACCAUCACAAAAAAUGAGAUCCAUGAAAUUGUCAAGUCAAUAUUUAACAUGAUCUCGAAAGAGGACCAGAAAAACCUCCCAGACGAUGAGAACACGCCUGAAAAAAGAACUGAAAAAAUCUGGGCCUUUUUUGGAAAAAAAGAAAAUGAUAAAAUAACAGAAGGAGAGUUCAUCCAGGGAGUGAUGGACAAUAAGAACAUUCUCAGAUUGAUCCAGUUUGAUGAGCCUCAGAAGGUCCAAAACAGGCUGAAGGAAAAGAAACAGUAGCAUUUCCCAGUGGUGACUUGUAU